AUGAGUGAUACCCAGUACAAUGGCUCGAACAAUGGCAUGCUUGACUGCCGCCACCGGAACAUCACGUAUAGAUUAGGAGACAAUGGGGAUUUGCUGCUCCAGUAUUCUGAGAGGACCUACAUCCCCGGAACUGACGAAGUCAUCUUUCCUAUCCGGUAUUAUUUGAUCAAGCACGACUGGUUUGUCACAGCUCGACGCGAGUUGUGGAGAACAUCCUCCAAGGGAAGCGGGCAGCCCUGGCCAGCCUGGCCAGACGUCGGGAACCUCAAGGAGCUGGUGACUGCCCGUGAUCAGCGCAGGAUCCUGGAUCUCCUCCGAAGCCGCUUGCUCAACAGUGAUCAGUUCCUCUCAACCUGGGCUCAGGACGUCAACGACGUGUACCUUGCGCAAUCGCUCAAGAAUGGACACUACACGGCCAGGUUCUGGACAAAGGAAGGACCAUCAGAGCAAUUCUGGGAGGGCAACCAAUACGAGCAGGGUUUCAUGCGGCAAAUGUUGGAGCAGUUUCUUGGUCCGUCGCCCCAGGAUCUUGUCAGAGCUCAAUGGUGGCAUCCUCUGUGCGGUCUGAGGUGA